AUGAAGGCAAAUAAAAACCCUCAGCCCGUAUCGGCUUCCCAUAAUGAAAAUGUUCCCUCAUUUCACACUACCCAAGCCCACGAGGCACGCACGACGAAGGGUCUAAUCGUCGGAGGAAAAUACCGGGACGAACUUUCAGAAGAGCAGACCCAGCACUACGACAGCAGCUUAUUACAAGAGGUCGACGUCGAUCUUCCCCUUACAGCUACAAAGCCCAAGCAGCACGAUGGGCAAGAAUUCAUCGUGCUUGACUUCGUGGAUGGUGAUAAGGAGAACCCAUUCAAUUGGAGUUCAAGUCGAAAGGCCUUCAUCAGUGCUCUUCUUUGCCUCAUGACACUUUUCAUUGGUCUCGCUACAACAGCGUAUAGUUCCGGAAUUUCACGCAUGGCAGCAGAUCUUGGAACAUCAGAGGAAAUCGGAAAACUUGGUCUCUUCACCUUCAACUUUACGUGUGCACUUGCUCCCCUGUUCCUUGCUCCAUUCUGCGAGCUGGCCGGUCGGCGAGUAAUUUAUGUCGGUGCCUACGUCUGCUUCUGUCUUAUGUUUAUUGGCCUCGCGUUAGGCAAGAACAUUGCCACAAUUCUCGUCUGUCGUGCCCUGCUUGGUCUUUUUGGUUGUGUUGGCACAAUUCUUGUCGGUGGUACCUUUGGAGAUAUGUAUACACCAGAGCAUCGUGCUAUCCCUAUGGCCUGCUUCGCCUUUAUCGCCAUCCUCGGUACAGUUGGUGCCCCAAUCUACGCCGGCUUCAUUGACCAGGCUCUCGGCUGGCGCUGGCUCGAGGGUAUCCAGGGUCUAGCAAAUAUUCCCCUUGGUAUUGUUAUUGCAAUUUGCCUACCCGAAACGCGCGGCAGUGUGUGUCUUAGCAAGCGCGCGAAGAAAAUCCGCCAGUCCACCGGCGACGACCGCUUCGUGACCCACAACGAUAUCGAAGCCCCCGGCCUCAAACACAUGUUGCACAACUCCUCUGUCAAGGCCGUGAAAAUGCUCUUCACCGAGCCCGUGGUCUUCGCCUUCGGUCUCUGGAUCAGCUUUGCCUGGUUCCUGACCUUCCUUUUCCUAUCCGUAAUCCCAAUUACCUUCCAGGAGAAGCGUGGCUGGAAUGAAGGAGUCUCAGGGCUUCCUUACAUAUCCCUCUGCCUCGGAACCACCCUUGGCUUCGGUCUCAACUUCCUGCAAAUCCGGAAAUACAAAUCCCUUACCUCCGACCCAAACACUGAGAUCGCACCUGAAGCUCGGUUGUACGGUGCUCUAUGCGGAGCCGUCUGGCUUCCGGUCGGAUUGUUCAUCUACAGCUUCACCCAAUACGAGGGUCUCCCUUGGAUCGGCCCAGUCAUCGGACUGGCCCUCAUCACCAUCGGUAUCUUCUUCAUCUUCGAGUCCUGCUACAGUUACACUGCCGAUUGCUACGGAGAACACUCUUCCUCUGCGAUUGCCGGUCAGGGUUUCAUGCGAAACACACUCGGUGCUGUGUCGCCACUAUUUGCUUCCCAGUUCUUCCACAACAUGGGGAGUCAAUAUGCUGGAUUGCUAUUGGCAUUAGUGGCAACCAUCUUGACAUUUAUUCCGUUCAUUCUGUUCAAGUUUGGUCCUGCACUGCGUGCACGCUCUAAGCUUGCCUCUGCCACUGUGAACGGCACGGACUAA